GUUCAGCUCAAUGCCAUGAUUUGAAUUUGAUCCUUAGUAAUUGACCUCUGCUCAGACCUAUAAAGGACGCUUGACUUCCUCUACAAUUCCUCCAACAUCAGAUAAAAGCUGAACACUAGAUUACAAAGACUUUCUUCUACAAUACCAGCAACGCUCAUUCUCCUGCAUCUUUGCAAGUCCAUCACCAUCAUCAAAAUGCAGUUCACUACCGCUCUCUCCAUCCUGGCCAUCGCCACCACCGCCGUGGCCGUGCCCGCCGCCCAGGACAGCACCGCGUCUCUUGAGUCUCAGGUGAAGGAGGUGGCCGCUCAGCGGGGCACCUCUGAUGGCACCAUCAGCACCGUCACGGAGGCGCAAUGCGUUCCUCCCAUUCUGUGCUGUGGCUCCCUGACCACCCCUCUUGACCCUCUUGUUGACCCUAUCCUCUUGGACCUGGGUAUCGAUGCUUCCAACAUUGUUGGCUCCAUCGGUCUUCUUUGCAAGGACUACGACGACAGCUGCACAUCGGAACCUCAGUGCUGCACUGAGAUCAAUCUCUUGAACGGUCUUGUGGCUCUCGGAUGCUCUACCCUGGAGCAGUAA